CUCGGCACGACGUAUGCCGCUUAAGAUGCUCGAGCGAACACUACCCGCGACAAAUCGAACAUAUUCUGUCACUGUAUCAUUAACGAAUUAAUUUGAUUAAUAAAAUUAAUUAAAGUCUCGGAGAACGUUGCUUCUUCGAUGCAGCCCCAACCGUGAGCAUUCAAACCGCUGAUACGUCAAAUCGAAAUCAAACAUGGCUCUCUUAGGAGCUCAAUUGGUAAUCACGCUUAUAAUGGUCAGUAUCAUACAAAAGUUGAGCCCACAUUUUUCUUUUGCAAGAUGGAUCUUGUGCUCUACUGGAUUGACAAGGUAUCUGCACCCGACAGAUCAGCAACUCAGAGCACUGGCCGGUGUGCCAAAGGAGAAACCAAAGAAGGGAAAGCAUAAUGAGAAUGGCAAAGUCAGUGAUGUGUUUCAUGUUCCUAGGAAUUUGGACAUUAAGCUCGAGACUGCAAAAGUGACUAUGCUCGAUGUGGUGCAUCUGAAAUAUUACACAGAAUUCCAGUGGCUGUUGGAUUUUUCUAUAUAUGCUAUUAUCGUUUAUGCAAUGACGGAGGCAUAUAAUUAUUUAUACCCAAUCAAAGAUGAAAUUAAUCUCAGUAUACUGUGGUGUUUGGUAGUUCUGGGAUUUGCCUUCAAAGUAUUGCUUUCUCUUUGGGUACAAUAUUUUAAAGGGGAAGAGAGCGUGGGUGAAAGAUCCACGUGCAUUGUCACCGGGUUUGCAUAUCUUCUCAUCGCUAUGAUGAUACUCAUAGUCGACGAAACUAAAUUGGAAAUUGGUUUGGAAAAGGCGUAUACAAGUUUCAAUCGUAGCGCUUCUCAGUUUUUAGAUACACAAGGACUUUCCUCAACGGGGCCAGCUUCCAAAAUUGUAGUGAAAUUCUUCCUUGCCAUAUGGUGUGGCUUGCUAGGAUCUUUAUUCACUUUCCCAGGAUUGAGAGUGUCAAAAAUGCAUUGGGACACAUUGAGAUAUUACAAAGAUCGCAAGUUAUUGCUACUAGUCGCAAAUAUUAGCUACGUCUCACCGCUCCUGUUGGUGAGUUUGUGGAUCACGCCUAUUAGCAGGGAUUAUUUGACCAUUCGGAUCUUCAGUGGCAUGACUAGUCCAUUAAUGACAGUUGCAACGUUCGAGAGUAUGAGGUUGAUUAUUGUUAUCGUUGCUGUGUUAUUGAAGAUCGCGCUUAUGCCGAUAUACUUGCAAUCUUACUUGAACCUCGCUCUUCAAAGAUUAGAAAUUCAGAAAAAGGAGGCCGGCAGAAUAACCAAUGUUGAUUUGCAGAAAAAGAUUGCAGCUGUAUAUUAUUAUCUGUGCGUAGUAGCGCUACAAUUUGUGGUCCCCGUAAUUAUAUGUUUAUUUUUCACAUUUUUGUACAAAACACUUGGCGGUUUUACUUGGGAAGGCAUCAUAAAAGGGACAUUGGAGGACGUAUGUCCAGCAGACGAGCUAUCGAGUACAGCAUCGUCUACAAUAAAUAGUGAUAAUACUGAUAGGACUGUUGUACAAACUACUGAGGAACUCCAACUCCUCGCACUAGGUUCAUUAAAGCAGAUAUUUACCACGGACGUUUAUAGGGGCGUUUUGGGAUUGGCAACGUGGUGGAGCUGCUUUGCCUUGUUCGCCACCAGUGCCAUGGGCAUGUUUUAUCAAUCGUACUUCUCCAAUGUGUAAAGAAGUCAGUUGGAACAGGAUCGAAAAUUAAAAGGGGAUCGGUCACGUCGCACAAAUCUUUACUGAUUCACGGAUCAACCGUCUGUCUGUUGUCCGAGUAAUUAGCAUAAUUCCAUCGAGAUACAUAUUUUCAGAUUAUCUAUUUUAACGUACGUCAGUCGCCAAAUCCAUACGAAAAUAACAGUUAUCGAUAGUGUAAAAUCUUUUUGUAAUGUACAAUAAGUGAUAUUCUCUUUGCGCGAUUGUAUCAUAUAUAUAUAUAAAGAAUAAAGACAUCUAGAACUCUCUCU